UCCCAAUUACCAGGGCCCAGGAAAACAGUGCAAUUAAGAUGAUAGAUUGGCUGCACCAGCGAGCAGGGCGCACCGGGCGGCUUAUUUGGCGCUGAUUUUCCUUCUUCAUUACAGAUUGCAGCGUUUUUGACCCCCUUUCACCAACCCCCGUCUAAGGCGAGGAGCGUGGGCGCCUGGCUCCAGCCUAGGGGUGUGUAUGGAGGCAGCGGCUCACAGCCUCCCGCCCCAAGCCGCUCCGGAGAGGCGUCCGACCAGCUCCGCCAUUUCCGAGAGCUGAAGCAGAGGGGCUCGGAGCAUCCCCUAUCGUGCACCCACCACCGGCCCCACACAAAGGGAAAAGGCAGAGGAGUAGCUGGGGACUUUUCUAAAUCCAGGAAGGAUGGUGAAACUAGGGAAUAAUUUCAGUGAGAAGAGCACAAAGCAGCCCCUCUUGGAGGAUGGAUUUGACACUAUCCCCUUGAUCACACCCCUGGAUGUCAAUCAGCUACAGUUCCCGCCUCCUGAUAAGGUUGUGGUCAAAACGAAAACAGAAUAUGAACCUGAUCGCAAGAAAGGAAAAUUUCGUACCCCCAAAAUAGCUGAAUUCACAAUCAGCAUCACUGAAGGGGUUUCAGAAAGAUUUAAGGUAACUGUUCUGGUCCUUUUUGCCCUUGCAUUCCUAACAUGUGUUGUAUUUCUAGUAGUCUACAAGGUUUACAAGUAUGAUCAUACCUGUCCAGAAGGAUUCGUUUUCAAGAAUAAUCAAUGCAUUCCAGUUGGAUUAGAGAACUACUACUCUGAACAAGACUCCACCGCUCGAGGGAAAUUUUACACUGUCAUAAACCACUACAAUCUGGCCAAACAAACCAUCACACGCUCAGUGUCUCCAUGGAUGACAGUACUGUCAGAAGAGAAAUUGUCUGAACAGGAGACUGAAGCUGCUGAGAAGUCAGCUUAGUGGGAUAAGAUUAUUAUGGUCAUUUGAAGGUAACUAAGGGACUUUAAGGAACUUUUCAUUAAAUAUAAUUAUGGAUAAUUUAGAGGUUACUCAUGUUUAUGGUGUAAUUGCUUUUGUUUGCUGAUACUGCUUUGCAAAAAAUAAAACUUGCUACAAAACAUUCAUGGGCAUAAAAUAAGGUGCAUAUCAGCAUCGCUUUAGAGCUCUGAUACCAUUUUCAACGUUAAGAAAUCAACUUUAGAUAUUCUUGCAAUUUACUGGAUGUUGACAAUUUUUCACUGGAUUUUUCAGUGGUUUGGACUUCACAUAAUGUGCUUUGUUUGAACUGAUACUUUUGGUUUUUAUUACAUAGCCAUUUUUGCAAACUGAAACACCAUAGCCGUAACUAGAGUGAUCUCAUUUAGCGAAGAGCUGUAUUUAAAACUUGUUUUCAGCUCACAGCUGAUAUCAAGGACUUGCUGUAAUGAUUAGAAUGGAGAAAGAAAAACUGUCAGGUAGCAUAUUUUUCUUCACUGUUGAUUUGUAAGUGAUGAUGAAGUUCUCUGCAACAAGGCAUGCUCAAUGUUUUAUUAUUACUGUCAACAAAAUUUCACUACAUUCCCACUAUGGCUUUAGUAUGUUAGUAAGGAUGUGCACUGAAACACAAACUAGAUAGGACACAGUGGAACGAGAGACACGUUUUUAGUUAUGGGUUUGUGCAAAAGCAACUUAUGAACUGGAGGGUGUUCUGAUGAGAAAGGACAUCCUUUGAUCACACUGAAGAAAGAGGCAGAAAGCCUUUCAUUCUAGAUUAGUCAGCCCUCUGUAAUUUGUUUGAUAUGACAGAGGGAGUAACAUUUUUUUAACACUUUCCCCUUUUUAUAUAUACAUUCUGAAUCACUUUGAGUUAACUAUGCUGUUUGCAAUUUUCUGAUUUUUUAACUACAGGACAUCACAAGUGAAACUAAUGUAUUAGUUUACGCUACUUGCUGUUUUAAAGUGACAUGUUAAAACUGAGUAAAGAAGCAUACCUCGUUUAUGAUUUUGGAGGAAAAAAUGUAGACAAACCUAGUAUAUUGUGGGUGCACGUUCAAGUUUGAUGUUUCAUUGUAUUGAUAAAUUUCUUAUUUUGUAUGAAACAAUUUUUUCAUUUAAUCUUAAAUAUGCAUUACAAAAAUUUUAUUAAUCUGCCAGUUAGACAAAAUAAGCGUGUGAAGCUUUUAGGUAUGAGAUUCACUUUUCCUUUCAUAUUAUUUAAUGUGAUAUUUCUAGUGGACAUGUCAAAAGUUCCAUUGUUGUAGACACUAUACAAAAAUGAAAGGAAACCACUGGUUAUUUGUCUAGUUGUGUAGAACAAACUUGGUCAGCUCCACUUUUGGGUUUUCUUCUAAUCCAUUAUCGAUGUAUUUAGUAUCAAGAACUUUACAUACCAAUAAAGUACAAAAUGGCAACUGCUUCUCAAUUCUAUAGGUUUGAUACCAAACAUAACAAUGAGUGUGCAUUUUAUAGUUAUGAACUACUAAAAGCUUUGUUUAUUAUGCUUUGUGGAAUGCAUAAAAAGCAAUAAAUUAUGUGCCAAAAUUCUUUGCAUUUUUAAAAAAGUUCAAACUCAUGUAAACACAUUAAAACAUACCAUGUUUUGUCUGCUAGUAGACAUGUACUUUAUUGAAUGUAAAUUAAUUCACAUGUAACUUUUGACAUUUUCACUUCAUGCAAAAUAAAGAAUAAGGAUAUUGCCUGUUGAGUACGGUAUGUUGACAUACAUUUCCUAAGACACACAGUAAAAUGAACUUUUAGAUCAAAAUUACCAAAAACAUGAAUUCACAUUUUAUAAGAUUUGAUUAUUAUCCUCCAGAGAUGUGAUUUAAAUAUAUUUUCCCUUAAACUUAGACUAGUAAACAACUUCACUGUACAGCCAUCUGCUGAACAGUGAGACUAGUUACUAUCCUCAAAAGAAAACAUUCAAAAAUUUCAGGCAGCUGGAAACAUAAAACUCAUUUGGUGAUUGAUCCUGCAGCCCUUGAAGUCAAUGGGAGUUUUCCCCCUGCCUUCAACAGGAGGUGGGUCAUAAGCUCGUGGGGUUUAUUUUUUUAUUAGGUAGUUAACAACUUUAAUACUUCAAAAAGUUUGGCUUCUGUGUUAUCUAUUCUUCAGCUUCGUUCCAACAUCAAUACAUCAGUUGCACCACAGUGUGUUUACUAUAAUUUAACAUACGCUAGGUUCCAAGAAGUGUCAUGUAAGUAAAGCUUUAUAACAGUGUUUAAGAGCAUUACUUUCCAACAAAUACAAAUGACCCCUGCACAAACUAAUUCUACAGGAUUAGGCAUGGCUUUCACAGAUGUACAAGGUUAUUACAAUUUGUAGUGAGUGAUGUGACUAAAGAAAUCUGAGACAAGCUCAACCCUGUCUGCAUUGCAACAAUUUUCUUCAUUGUACAUCCUGUCUACAUUGUGAACUUUCCACUAAUUGGCUUGGUGGGCUACAAUUUCCUAAAUGUAUAAUUUACAUUUUAUUGAAAAUUUCUUGCAACUUA